UCCACGUCCACGUCAAAAACUAAAACCUGUCGCAAUUUUUGUCACAAUUUCGACUACAGGCAGAAAAAGUAAACAAUCCUUAUGGGCCGGUUUGGAAUCGAUUCCUUCCCAAUAAAGUAAAAAUCUACUUCGUGCAAACGUCUAUUGAGUGAAUCAAUAAAUUUGUGGAUAAUCAACAACUUUAUAUUUGAUGUGAAAAUUUGAAGGAAGCUCGCAAUGUUUUGCAUGUGCAGUUUGAUCUACGUGGCGCUUUUCAUCGGAUCGUUUCUAUUGAUUGGGCUGCUGACUGUAUUCCUGCUUCUUCGUCAAUUGAUUAGAAGGCAGAAAAAUAAACGCCGGUCCAAUAACGAUAACGACAAGUAUGUGGCACUGUUCCAUCCGUAUUGUAAUGCCGGCGGCGGUGGAGAACGAGUUCUUUGGUGUGCUGUAAAAGCUUUGCAAAACAAGUACGAUGGAAUCAAACUGUUUAUCUACACCGGAGAUUUGGAGGCAACUCCGAAAGAGAUUUUGGAUAAGGCGGAAAGAACUUUCAACGUCAGUUUGGACAUCAAGAGAAUACAAUUUGUGUAUUUAAAGAAGCGAAACUGGGUGGAGGCCAGACGAUAUCCGUAUUUCACCUUGCUGGGACAAAGCUUGGGCUCGAUGGUGCUUGGAAUGGAAGCUUUGUUGGGUUUACAGCCUGAUGUUUUUAUUGAUACAAUGGGAUACGCCUUUACGUAUCCAAUAUUUUCUUACAUUGGAGGCUGCAAGAUCGGGUGCUAUACACAUUAUCCGACGAUUAGCACAGAUAUGUUGAGGAGAGUGCAGAACCACGUUAAUACUUUUAACAAUCGUGGUUAUGUGGCCAAGAAUCCUUUUGCAACGUGGAUAAAAAUCGUGUACUACAGGAUUUUCUCAAGAAUAUACGGAAUGGUUGGACGAUGCGCAGAUACGGUCAUGGUGAACUCCAGUUGGACAGAGAAUCAUAUAAUCUCUCUUUGGGAUGUUCCAUACAAGACGCAUCGAGUAUAUCCUCCGUGUGAGGUCUCACACUUGAAGAAACUCGAGUCGUUGGCAAGUGGCCACGAGAAGAUUGUAAUUCUAUCGGUUGGACAGUUCCGCCCAGAGAAGGAUCAUCCCUUGCAGCUUCAAGCAAUGUACGAGUUGAGAACAUUACUGAACAAGGACGAAGCACUGUGGAAUCGGCUCCGUUUGAUGAUUGUUGGAUCGUGUCGAGAUGAUGAAGACCGAGAGCGUGUUAAGAAUAUGCAAGACUUUGCUAAGCAUCUAUCGCUGGAGAAUUCUGUUGAAUUCAGGGUUAACGUGUCCUACCAGGAGUUGAUUCAGUGCUAUCAGGUGGCGACAGUUGGUUUACAUGCGAUGUGGAAUGAACAUUUUGGCAUUAGCGUGGUCGAAUGUAUGGCAGCAGGAUUGAUUAUGGUGGCGAACAGAUCUGGUGGCCCACUAAUGGAUAUCGUGGAAACAUCGGAAGGCAGUCAAAACGGUUAUUUGGCGAUCGAUGCAUACGAUUACGCCCGCUGUAUCGCAACUAUUCUGUACAACAGUCGAGACUACAACAAUAAGAUCCGCGAAUCGGCUCGUGCGUCAGUAGACCGCUUUUCGGAAAAGGAGUUUGAAAACGGUUUCCUCCGAGCAAUUUCUCCUAUUCUGGAUGAUAAGGAAUUUCGUUAGAAGGAAAAAAAAGGAACUUAUCUGUAAAUACCAAUGUUUAGUAGAAUUUAGUAGUAGGCAUGUCGCGUACUUCUCCAAUGACUCUCAAAAAUAAUUAUGUAGUAGACUUAUUUCGAAUGUCUUUUCAGUCGAUCCUGCUAUAUUUAGGUCGUUCGUAACCAUUAUAUAUCAUUGUAGGAAAUUAAUUUUAGACAGAAGCAAAAUUGAAUAAACUUUUCCCGAAACAGUUUAAA